AUGACAGAAUGCAAAGUCUGGCGAAAUCCUUUAAAUCUGUUCAGAGGAGCUGAGUAUAAUCGGUAUACAUGGGUAACAGGGAGAGAACCUUUGACUUACUACGAUAUGAAUCUUUCAGCACAGGACCAUCAGACCUUCUUUACAUGUGACACGGAUCAUUUACGGCCUGCAGAUGCUAUAAUGCAAAAAGCCUGGAGAGAGAGAAACCCCCAAGCCCGAAUUUCUGCAGCACAUGAAGCUUUGGAAUUGAAUGAGUGUGCUACUGCCUAUAUUCUUUUGGCUGAAGAAGAAGCAACAACAAUUGUGGAAGCAGAGAAGCUGUUCAAGCAAGCUCUGAAAGCUGGAGAGGGCUGUUACAGACGCAGUCAGCAGUUACAGCAUCAUGGUGCCCAGUAUGAAGCCCAACACAGAAGGGACACCAAUGUGUUAGUUUAUAUUAAGAGGAGGCUGGCAAUGUGUGCAAGAAAGCUGGGAAGGACCAGGGAAGCAGUGAAAAUGAUGAGAGAUUUGAUGAAGGAGUUUCCUCUGCUGAGCAUGUUUAACAUCCAUGAAAACCUGCUAGAGGCUUUGUUGGAACUGCAAGCGUAUGCAGAUGUCCAGGCAGUCUUAGCAAAGUAUGAUGAUAUAAGCUUACCAAAAUCAGCAACAAUAUGUUACACAGCUGCAUUGCUCAAAGCCAGAGCUGUCUCUGACAAAUUUUCUCCAGAGGCUGCCUCAAGGCGAGGGCUGAGUACUGCAGAGAUGAAUGCAGUAGAAGCUAUUCACAGAGCAGUAGAAUUUAAUCCACAUGUGCCAAAAUAUCUACUAGAAAUGAAAAGCUUAAUUCUGCCCCCUGAACAUAUUCUGAAGAGAGGGGACAGUGAAGCAAUAGCAUAUGCUUUCUUUCAUCUCCAACACUGGAAAAGAGUAGAGGGGGCAUUGAAUCUCUUGCACUGCACAUGGGAAGGCACUUUCAGAAUGAUCCCCUAUCCACUGGAAAAAGGACAUCUUUUCUAUCCUUACCCUAUUUGUACAGAAACUGCAGAUAGAGAACUACUACCAUCAUUUCAUGAAGUUUCAGUUUACCCCAAGAAAGAGCUUCCCUUCUUCAUCCUCUUCACUGCUGGACUAUGUUCUUUCACAGCCAUGCUAGCCCUCCUGACACAUCAGUUCCCAGAGCUUAUGGGGGUCUUCGCAAAAGCUUUUCUCAGCACCCUCUUUGCCCCUUUAAAUUUUGUGAUGGAAAAAGUAGAGAGUAUCCUGCCCUCCAGUCUGUGGCACCAGCUGACGAGGAUCUGAGGGAGCACGCCCGCUGACUGACUGCCAUGACAUCUUCUGUGCCAACUUUUUGUUGACCACAAGAAAGCAUGAUAAAAAAGGGAAGCAGUUCUAAGACUUAAAAACUCUUCAUGGAUUGUCUGUUCUCAUAUAAAAUCUGUUUUGUUGUACAAAAUACAUUGAUGUUAGGUUCUAUUAUAUUUUGCCUUCAGAAGAGAAAAACUUAAAAAUAAACUUUUGUGUAUUG